ACAUGCACGGGCUCAAUACGUUGCCUGCAAUACAGCAUCGUCAGUGAAGCUUUUGCCUUUGCAGCACUGAGAAGAUGAGCAUGCUCAUGUCUUUCCCGCACGGUCUCGCCAUGCCGGCACAGGCCCAUCCAAGCUGGUGUAGGAGCCGGGUUGCGACAAGAGCUGGGAGAUGGGCCUGCAAGCCCACCGCGACAGCUCAUUUCGACAACACGGUGACGGGGACGCGGGCGCAAGAGCAGGCGGAGGCGGAGGUGGCGCGGACUCUGAACCUGAGCGGGUGGGUGGAGAAGCAGCUGCUGCCGCUGCUCACCCCGGUGGAGGACGCGUGGCAGCCCAGCGACCUGCUCCCCUGCUUCUCCCUCACUUCAGCUGGCCGCUCGGCCGAGCAGCAGCAGCCGCCGUCGAUGAUGAUGAUGACGACGGAGGAGCUCCAGGCCCAAGCCUCCGGCGUGCCGGACGACGUGGUGGUGUGCCUGGUGGGCAACAUGGUGACGGAGGAGGCGCUGCCGACGUACAUGUGCGUGGGAAACCGGGUGGUGGGCUGCAGCGACGACACGGGCUGCAGCGACCUGCCCUGGGCGCGCUGGAUCCGCGGGUGGACGGCCGAGGAGAACCGCCACGGCGACCUCCUCAACCGCUACCUCUACCUCUCCGGCCGCGUCGACAUGCGCCAGGUCGAGCGGACCGUCCACCACCUCCUCCGCAACGGCAUGCAGAUGCUCAGGCCGUCCAGCCCCUACCACAACAUCGUCUACGGUUCCUUCCAGGAGCGCGCCACCUUCAUCUCCCAUACUCACACCGCCAAGCACGCCGCGCGUCACGGCGACCGCUGCCUCGCCAAGAUCUGCGGCGUCGUCGCCGCCGACGAGAAGCGCCACGAGACGGCCUACACCAAGGCGGCCGCCAAGUUCUUCGAGCUCGACCCGGACGGGAUGGUGCGGGCGCUGGCCGCCGUCCUGCGGGACAAAAUCACCAUGCCAGGCCAGUUCAUGACCGACGGCCGCGACGCCGACCUGUUCGAGCACUUCUCGGCGGUCGCGCAGCGCACCGGGGUGUACACGGCAAGGGACUACGGCGACAUGGUGGAGCACUUCGUGCGGAGGUGGAAGGUGGCGGACCUCGGCGGUGGGCAGCUGUCCGUCGAGGGGCGGCGCGCGCAGGAGUACGUGUGCGGGCUGCCGCGCAAGAUCCGGCGAGUGGAGGAGCUGGCCCACGACCGCGCGAUCAAAGCCGCGAAAGACCCCGAGUUCGCAAGGUUCAGCUGGGUCUUCGACAGGUCUGUCUGCAUCAGAGCCUGAUCCAACGGUCCAUCUACUAGACUUCACCCCUAAUAAUAUAUGGAAAUAAUAAAUCCAAAAUGUCUGGUGUUUGAUCAUGGCAAAUCGAACAUGUUCGAUGGCAACUCUAGAGACACGAGGAUAGCAAGUUUAGUUGACAUGCAUGGCAAUUUUCUGGCACAAAAUACACUGAGCCCAGACUUGCAUGUUUAUCAACUAAACUUAACGUUCUCCCAUCACUAAACCAUAGAAACAUUCGAUUUGCCAAGGUCAAAUCCCGAACAAUCGGACGUCAUGGGGGUCCAUAAUAUAAUAUCUAGUAAACUCCAAGGCCAUGAAUAACAAGCAGCGGCAGGAAUCGUCGUCGCAAUCAGUCUCGAGUACUCUGUUCUGUUGCAUGCUACCUUAGUACUAUUGAUUGGAGUUGAGCCACUGAGUCGAGCAGGUUAAUUAGCUGCAAACUAUGCAAAGUGUGUGUGUUUCUUUCUUGAACCAAGUUUAUGCAGUGCACUUGUACUCUAUAUAUAUGAUUCUGUGUGAAGUGAUGGUAAUGUUUGCGUCA